UAAUGGCGACGUCUAGCGUCUUGUGUCGGUUAUGAGAAGAUAAUGUUUUUCGGAGCCGAAUUCCGAUCAUACAAAAGAGAAGGUCCAAUUUUAUAAAACAUACAACUGUUAUUUAACGUGAAAGUACUCGAAAGAAGUCGCGAUAAUGGACCAAGCGCCCGCAGAUACAGAAUUACGGAACAUCAUUGACAAACUGGCACAGUUUGUUGCCCGCAAUGGACCCGAAUUCGAGCAGAUGACCAAAAAUAAGCAGAAGGACAACCCUAAGUUUGGUUUCCUGUUUGGCGGAGAGCACUUCAACUACUAUCAGUACAAAGUGACUACAGAGCAAGCCAUUUUAAAGCAAAAAGGAAUAAAUCCAAUGCAAAAUGCAGACCCACGUUUAAACGUUUCGCAGCAGCAGCAAACAGCCGCUACCGCCACGCAGCCACUGAAUAACGUCAAUCUAACGUCUGGCCUAAAUACUCAGAACAAUGGAUUAAAUCCAGUGGUUGGAAUAGGGCCUGUGGGAAAUUCGGCUGGUACGGUGAUACCAGGAGUACCUGGACAAAUUGGAGGACCAACAAAUACUGGACCACCAAUUGGAUCGGUACCAUCUGGCAUGGGAGGUGUAAACCCACCUAUGGGUGGAGUGACACCAGCUGUUAACAUCGGUGGCCCACCAGCAUGGCUUCAAACAGAACUGGCCAACCUUCAGUCGCAACAAACGACUCUGCAGGAACAAGUUAGACAAUCGGAACAAAAUCUUGCUGCGCAACAUGCUGCAUUGAUGGCGCAACAACAAGGCAGAGUAGAGGAUGCUGUCAGACAAGCUCAGGAAACAGCUUUGCAAAAUAGUGCUCAAAGCACAAACACAGAUCUUACCGCAUUUGAUACAGUUCUGCAACCUAUUAUUGAUAGCUGCACGAAAGACAGCAUAAGCGCGGGAAAAGCUUGGAUCCUUCAAAAUUCUGUAACACCACAAAGCAAUCAAGUGGUUGCUGAUCAUUUAUUGAAAAAAGUUAUCCAAGGAUCAACGUUUAGUCAUAAGCUUCAUAUUAUAUAUUUGGUAAACGAUGUCUUACAUCAUUGUGCUAGAAAAAAAUCUAUGGAUCUUCGGAAGGCAAUGGAAAGUGUUGUUGUUCCCAUGUUCUGUAAUACUUCAUUAGCUGCAUCCGAAGAGCAACUUAAUAAGCUUAAUAAAUUGUUAAGCCUUUGGGAAUCGAAGAAUAAUUACUUUGACGAAGGGAUUAUAGAUAAAUUAAAACAACCGAGCGCAUCUUGGUCCGAAUAUCAAGCUAAUUUGGUAUCGCAACAUGCAAGUGCUAUUACUCCAAUCACAACUUCUACGAAGCAAACAUUCGAUAAUUAUCAAGCGCAACAUCAAGCGUUUGUUACACACGCUUUGAGACAAAUUCAAAAUAUCGAACAGCAAAAAAUAGCGAUCGAUCAGCAACUUAAAGCACCGCCUCCGCCACCUCCGCAAAUGAAUCAACAAAACAUGUCAUUACCCCCUAAUCAUACUGGCCCAAGCGGACCGAUGGGUAGUGACGUUAACUUCAGCCAACCUCCACCUGGUUGGGGUGUGCCACCAGGAAACGAACCACCGCCAUUCGCGAACGUUCCUUUACCAGAUUUUUCUAAACCUCCACCAGGAUUUGGCCCACCUCCUGUCAUUCACGAACCGUCUGUCGAGGAUCUGAUGCCCAGCAUGCCUUACUUUGAGUUGCCUGCAGGCUUGAUGGUCCCGCUCAUUAAACUGGAAGACGGAGAAUACAAACCUUUGGAUCCCGAUGCCAUCAGACUUCCACCGCCCGCACCACCCAGCGAUCGAUUGGUUGCAGCCGUAGAAGCAUUUUACGCACCUCCAAAUCACGAUUCACCGAGAGAUAGCGAUGGUUGGGAGAAACUUGGUCUCUACGAAUAUUAUAAGGCAAAGAAUUCUGCGCGUAAACGCAAGGAGGAAGACAUUGUAGCUGGCAUCAGACAAAAGUCCAAGUCUCCGUCACCUAUUUUAAGGCCAAGAUCGAAAAGUCCUAGUCCACCAAAGAAACGUUACAGAAGCAAAUCUCGUAGUAGAUCGAGAUCUAGAUCGAGGGGUAGAAGUAGAUCGCGAUCACCAACGGCGAAUCAUAGACGUAAUAGCCGUAACAGUAAUCAUAAUACCAGAAGUCGUAGAAGAAGGAACAGUAACAAGGAUCGAAGUCCAGAGAGGAGAUUAGACAGACAAGAUCGCAGUCCAACUCCUCCGAGUUUUCUCGGAUCGACGUAUAGCAAAGCUCCGCAAGAAAUAAGCUUGGAUGAAAGUAAUAAGGGGCACCAAUUGUUAAAAAAAAUGGGCUGGGGAGGUGCUGGACUAGGUGCCAACGAGCAAGGUAUUGAGGCACCUAUAUCGGGCGGUGAAAUACGAGAUAAAAACGACCAAUACAAGGGUGUCGGCAUCAAUUUGAACGAUCCAUACGAAAAUUUUCGCAAGAGCAAGGGGCAGGCGUUUAUCACUCGAAUGAAAGCAAGAGCGGAAGAGCGUGCCGAAGAAAGGGGUGAACGGGACUGAAUAUAUAUGUGUGUGUGUAUAUGUAUAUAUAUAUGUGUGUGUAUAUAUAUAUAUAUAUAUGACAUUAAACAAAUAUGUAUAUGUACGAGGUGAUAUCAGGACAAAGUGAGAGAUAGACUUAUUAUCGAGGAUGAGAGAGAAUUUACUCUUGCUCCGAAAACCGAUCGACACAAUUUUUCAACGAUUUUUGCGACUUUUUGCCUAUGAGGGCUGAAUUUCAAUAUACUUGUCCAUAUAUUAGGUCCUAUUGAUGCACGUGCAACUACUAAUUUACUUUUACGCGUAUCUUUACGAGAUAUUGACAUUAAUAAUCGACAUAUUUUACGUUACAAUAUAUUCUAGCCGAAUAGAAGGAUUUUAUGAUUUAGUUACGAAUGAUAGCUAGAUGUUUUAGAUUAAUUUUAAGAAUUUUAAUUCACCAUAAAUCAAUGUACCACACGCCAUACACGCGCGCGUGUGUGUAUAUGUAUAUUUCCAUAAAAAUUGUGUCGAUCUUUUUUUCGUAGACUAAAUCAUUUCUAUCCGUCUAUCUGUCGGCUGUUACGAAAUAGUUUCAUAUAUCAACGCGGCAAAUGGUUUAUAAUUAUUCAUAAAUUUAUAAGGAAAUGAAAAAAAAGCUGGCAAUACAUAUGCGUGCGUAUUGUCUUUUCUUUAUUUCGAAGUUUAAAGGAAUUUGUUAAUAUAUUAUUGUAUUAUCAUUGUACAUUUCUUUCAAAAGAAAUUCAAAUAAUUCAUUCAUUAGCCUAACUUUAGGCGUAAAAAGAAUUAGUAUUUAAAUGUGAACAUUUAAAUGAAAGAGAUCUCUGGAAAGUCACGUAGGAAAAGGUUUUUAUAGCAACAUGCUGAAUGUAUAUGUAAAAACCCCACUCUACAAUUUGCCCUGCCUAAAAGUUAAUUAUCUUGAGCAUUACUCGAGAAAAUUGCGCUCUUAAUGAGCGUGUAUGAGAGAGUACAACUGUCGUGCAGCAAGUACACGAGACGAUUCUGCAUGAAACUCGACGCUAAGUAUAUACUUGUAUUUAGUAAGUUAAUAAAUAUUAAUUAUAUUAAAUAUA